CCUCGCUACUCCUCAUCCCUCCUCUCUCUCAGUCUCUUCGAGCCGCUCGACCCGCCACCCUGCUCCAGCACCCGUUCGACACGACCCCGUACUCGCCCACGACCGCGACCAUGGCGUCCUACACCAUCCCCAACCUCAAGGGCGCGGACACGUGGCGUGACCUCGAGUCCAAGUUCCCCCCGAUCAAGAACGACCUCGUGCUCCGCGCCGCGCGCGGCGAGGAGACUCCCCGCGCCCCAGUUUGGGUCAUGCGCCAGGCUGGGCGUUACCUCCCCGAAUUCCUCGAGGUCCGGAAGAAGCACUCGUUCUUCGAGUGCUGCCAGACGCCCGAGCUCGCGGCCAAGCUCACGCUCCAGCCGAUCGACCGGUACCCGACGCUGGACGCGUCGAUCAUCUUCUGCGACAUCCUCGUGGUGCCACAGGCGCUGGGCAUGGAGGUGCUGAUGGAGCCUGCGCGCGGCCCCGUGCUCCCGCAGCCGCUCACGUCGCCGGCGGACCUCGCGCGCCUGCCCGACACAGUCGACGUGCAGAAGGAGCUCGGCUACGUCUUCGACGCGGUCACGCUCACGCGCCAGGGCCUGGCCGGCCGCGUGCCGCUCAUCGGCUUCUGCGGCGCGCCAUGGACCCUCAUGGCAUACAUGUGCGAGGGCGGCGGCAGUAAGACGUUCGAGCGCAGCAAGAGCUGGCUGUACAAGUGGCCGGCGGAGAGCAAGGCGCUGCUCACCAAGAUCGCGGACGUGUGCGCCGACCUCCUCGUCGGCCAGGUUCUUGCCGGUGCAUCCAUGCUCCAGGUCUUCGACUCGUGGGCCGGCGAGCUCACGCCGCACCACUUCCAGGAGUUUGCGCUGCCCGCCCUCGUCCACAUCGCGCGCAAGGUCCGCCAUGUCCUCAAGCACCUCGGCCACGACGAGGUGCCCAUGACGCUGUUCCCGCGCAACGUGCACGCGCCGUCGUCACUCGCCCUCCUCAAGCCCGAGCUGUCGGGGUACGACACGAUCGGCCUCGACCAGGGCCUCGACGCCGUCGAGGCCCGCCGCCUCGUCGGCCCCGAGCUCAACCUCCAGGGCAACUUUGACCCCGUGGUGCUUUACGGCGGGCGCGAGGGCAUCGAGAAGGAGGUUGCGCGUGUGUGCAAGCGCUUCCACGAGGCCGGAGGUGGCUGGAUCGCCAACCUGGGCCACGGCAUCACGCCCAACGUCAAGCCAGAGGACAUGGGGUGGUUCCUCGAGUGCGUGCACAAGUACUCGGUGCGGAAGUAGAAGAUGAAACGACGGUACGGUAGAAAAAGGGCCCGGCAGGGCUCCAGACAUGUCCAUAUCAUAGACUGGCACGCGUGUCAACAAUGCAUCGGAUACUUGGCUG